CUUCUGGGCGAGGAACUCUUGCUGGUUAUAGAGUACAUGGAUGGAGGUGUCCUGAGCGACAUCGUCAGCCAGACCUGCCUGUCUGAAGAUGAGAUGGCAGCCAUCAGUCGGGAGUGCCUGCAAGGACUGGAUUUUCUUCAUGCAAACGAUGUGAUCCAUCGAGACGUGAAGAGUGACAACAUCCUUCUCAGAACGGACGGUUCUGUCAAACUGGCUGAUUUUGGCCUCGCUACUCAGCUCAGCCCUGAGCAGAGCAGACGGUGCUCGGUAACCGGGACUCCUUGGUGGAUGGCGCCUGAAGUGGUGACAGGUCAACCAUAUGGCCCCAAAGUGGACAUAUGGUCUUUUGGAAUUGUGGGAAUUGAAAUGAUAGAACAAGAACCUCCUUACUUGGGCGAAAGUUCUGGCACGGCUACAUACCUGAUAGCCACAGUAGGGACUCCACAGCUGCGGCAGCCCAAGCUCCUCUCGGCUUUGCUGCGUGACUUCCUGAGCUGCUGCCUGCAGACAGACGAGGAGCAGCGCUGGUCUGCCAAGGAGCUCCUGCAGCAUCCAUUUGUAACUUCAGCCAAGCCACCAUUCAUCCUGGCACAAGUCAUCAACUCAGUGAAGAAGACGAAUAACCCUAACCCUAAACUCUAAACCUAAAACCUAACCCUAACCUUAAAUGCUAACCCAAACCCUAACCCUAUCCCUAUCUCUAUCCCUUACCCUUUCCCUUACCCUUUCUCUA